GAACUGUGGUCAUUACUGGGUUUGUUAACGUUCACCGGGCGCGUUUUGUCAGACGGUACAUCUACGCAAUGAAGCUGUUGGCUACUCUCCUGAUCGCAUUCGCGGUCGCAAGAUCCUUUGCGGAUGAGCCAGAGAAGUUAGUAAAUGGCACACCCACCAGCAUACAGCGAUAUCCGCAUUGUAUCUCCAUCAGAGCCUCGAACAGUCACAUGUGCGGAGGUAGCAUAAUCAGCCCGAACUACAUUCUUACCGCUGGUCAUUGCGUAGAUCCGUUACUAUCUGACGCGACUUUGAGAUCACGCGCAGUCGUUGUUAGUGGCACAACGUAUCUCAAUUCCGGUGGACAGUCUCACAAAAUAAAAAACUUGUAUAUUCAUCCCAACUACAAAGGUACCUCUGGUAGACCCGCUGGUUACGAUAUUGGUAUAAUCGAGCUUGCUACUCCUAUCCAAUUCUCGAGCACCCAGCAACCCAUCAAACUGCCAACGCGCGAUGUGACGAAAGGCGAAUCCGUCUCGGUUGUAGCCUGGGGUUCAACCGGGUUCAGAAAAAAUAUUCACAACGACUUGCAAAAGAUUGACGCGCAACUCAUGCUUCCGGGCCAGUGCCAGGAAUAUCAUAAAUCUUUGAUGAAGGUCAGCCCAUCCGAGUUCUGCACCCUCAUCAGUUACGGAACCGGAGCUUGCAACGGUGACAGCGGUAGCGGUGUCGUUCGAAACAGCGACGGAACAAUUGCCGGUCUGGUCUCCGGUGGACUUCCAUGUGCCAGGGGCUAUCCGGAUAUCUAUACCAGUGUCUACCCAUUCCGUUCUUGGAUCAAACAGAUAACAAAUCUGUAAUACUACGCUUUUUUCGUAUCUGUAUACUCUUCGUAUGUUUAAUUCAUACUCUUAAUAAAUAUUAGCGAGCACACA